CGCCGCCCCGCCCCGCCCCGCCCCGCCCCGUGACGUCAUGGCGCCUGCGCCGCCGCCGUCCCCGCGGUCGCGUGGGUCUUUUCCUAGUACCUGGGGCGAUAGCUGUGAAUGUUCACAAGUAUUGUCUUCAGUCAUGGCCUUGGGUUUAAGAUGCUUCCGCUUGGUCCGCCCUGUCUUUUGUAACUACCUUGCAGCCUUGACCAGACCUAUUUCGGAAGGGACACUGAAGACAGUGAGUGGAAGACAAAAUGACCAUGAGCAAUCCAUGGCCUCUCCAGCUCUACCAGUCCGUCAUUUUGCUACCAAGAAAGCCAAAGCCAAAGGGAAAGGACAGUUCCAAACCAGAGUGAAUCUUAAUGCUGCCUUGGUUGAGGAUAUAAUCAACUUGGAAGAGGUGGAUGAAGAAAUGAAGUCUGUGAUGGAAGCACUCAAAGAUAAUUUCAAUAAAACUAUCAGUAUAAGGACCUCACCAGGAUCCCUUGACCGGAUCACUGUGGUAACUGCUAAUGGGAAGCUUGCUCUAAACCAGAUUGGCCAGAUUUCCAUGAAGUCGCCACACCUGAUUUUGGUGAAUAUGGUCAGCUUCCCAGAGUGUACAGCUGCAGCUAUCAAGGCUAUAAGAGAAAGUGGAAUGAAUCUAAACCCAGAAGUGGAAGGGACACUAAUUCGGGUACCCAUCCCCAAAGUAACCAGGGAGCACAGGGAAAUGAUGGUGAAACUGGCCAAACAGAACACCAACAAGGCCAAGGAUUCUUUACGGAAGGUUCGUACCAAUGCAAUGAAUAAGCUGAAGAAAUCAAAGGACAAGGUCUCGGAGGACACCAUUAGGCUCAUAGAAAAACAGAUCAGCCAAAUGGCUGACGAUACAGUUGCAGAGCUGGACAGGCAUCUGGCAGUGAAGACCAAAGAACUCCUUGGAUGAGAGUCCACCUGGUGCAGCGGUACUCCAGAGCCUGGUUUCUUUGGAUCCCGUGGAUGGCAAGUUGGUGCCUCUCUUCCCUGUCCACGCCGAAGGCUGUCAUCAUGCAUUUGUCACUGUGUGGCUCAACCUUCUAGAGGGACACCCAGACUUGUUCAUUCUCUUCUUCCUGCUCCCUGCCCAACCCAUUCUGCUUUGGCCUUCUGCCUGGGUGGGCCUCCAGGAGUCCCUGCUGCCAGUGGAUGGCCUCUACUCAGAGUAUUUGCCCUGAUCCUGACAUUGCCAAGAGAUCAGGACCACUGGCAGGCUCGGCACCUUAUGUUUCUUAUCUCAGGAGCUGCCUUUUCAAUCAUUUGGGCCCUGUCCCCAACUUUGGUCUCUGGGCUGAUUUGGGCCUUCACCUGCAACUGGAUCCCUUUGCUACAGGCCCAUUUUUACCUAACAGUAAAAUUAAAAUAAAUUGGAAAAAAUAA